UGUUUUCCGUGGUCGUGGGUCCCGUCCUCGCUCCUCCUUCUGUCUGUUUAAGGACCUUGGAGAACUCCGCUCCUCAGCAGAGCGCAACGACGCAGAAUCCGGACUGUGCGUAAACUACGUCAAAUCCUCACGGAAGAAGAACCAACGCGGGCUGUGUUUGUGUCUUGGCUUUACCACAUAUUGUUAGUGUUUUAAAUGAAGGACUGUUAAGUUUUCGGCUUUGUUCCUGCAUUUCCCUCCCCCCUCCGUGAGCCGUGUCGGGUGUGAGGUGCGUCUUUCAGACUGAACGCGCGUGGAUUUAGUGAUGAUGAUGAUGAUGAUGAUGAUGAUGUUGAUGCUGAAGCUUCGUUUCUUCUGGUGAGAUGACAACACUAGCCUGUGUCCUGCGUUAUUUCUUGCCCACGUUUCUACGUUGUUCUUGUUAUUGUCAGUAGUGAUCCCCCCCACCCCUACCCCCACUCCUUGGCAUCUGCGUGGUUGGGGUCUGCGUCGUAACCACAGGCUCGUGGUGUUAUUUUCUCUCGGCUGUAGAUCGGGUUUCACUGGAUUGGCCGAAGCGGAUGCCAUUCAGUCCACUCCCCGUGGUAUAAACGGCAUGGCCAGCGCGCAUUCCAGGGGGGCUAAAUAUAUCUAAUAAGGCCAGAGGAGGGGGGGCUGGGACUGGCGGAGGGGAGGGGGGGUUUAUCCAGGGACAUUUCAUUGCUGUGCUAAACCCGGACCGCCUGAAUUAUCGCAGUGACAAUUGUUUAUUUCGUCCACAUUGAAGAAGCCCCCCCCCCUCGCCCGCCCCCCAAAAAAACCCAAACAAUGCCCUCGAUUCACAACGUCAGAUCCAGGACGAGGGAGAGGAACAGCGUCCUGAGCAGACCCGAGUUUAUGUCCCUGAACCACCAGCCGGUCCGGGGGGGCCCUCCCGACAGCAGAGGCUCCGCACCGAAGCGCCCGGCUCAGAUGAAACCCCAGCCGAGCGAAGAGCCGGCUGACACCCCCGGGAAGGAGCGCAGGGAGCCCGGGAGGGAGCCCGGGAGGAUGCCGGAGGAGGACUGCAUGCAGCUCAACCCCUCCUUUAAGGGCAUCGCCAUCAACUCCCUCCUGGCCAUCGACAUCUGUCUGUCCAAGCGCAUGGGGGUGUGCGCCUACACGUCUUCGUCCUGGGGGGGUUGCCGCUCCAUGGUCGCCCUGUUGGCGCUCACGGGCCACGGCAUCACGUGGAUCAUUGGCACGAUCCUGUGUCUGACAAGGAGUAACACCCUGGCAGGACAGGAGGUCCUGGUCAACCUGCUGAUGGCCCUAAUCCUUGAUGUCAUGACAGUCGCUGGAGUCCAGAGGCUGGUGAAGCGCAGAGGACCCUGGGAAAUGACGCCCGGGUUCCUGGACUGCGUGGCCAUGGACGUGUACUCCUUCCCCGCUGCCCACGCCAGCCGGGCCGCCAUGGUGUCCAAGUUCCUCCUGUCCCACCUGGUCCUGGCAGUGCCGCUCCGCAUCCUGCUGGUGCUGUGGGCAUUCCUGGUGGGCAUGUCCCGGGUGGUCCUCGGGAAACACCACCUGACCGAUAUGGUGUGUGGCUUCGCUCUGGGCAUGCUCCACUUCAGCCUGAUGGAGACGGUGUGGCUGUCAUCAAGCACCUGUCAGAAACUGAUCUCCAUAAGCACACUCAGCUGGAGCCCCUUUUUCUGAGCUUUGACGUAAGGCUGUGCUAGAAAAAAACUGAUUUGAUACUCUGUUAUCCCGCAGUAGCCUUGAUUCCAGAAAACAACAAGCAAAUCUGAAGCAAACUUUUGAAAACCGCAAAAAAGACAAUUCUGUGCAUUUCCAUAAAUAGGUUUGAAGUAAAUAGCCUGUGUGGUGACAUCAGAGGGCGUAGCAACAGGCUAAAAUGACUUAAACACAGUAGAAGAAGAAGAAGAAGAAGCACAUUUUGUUUCCACUUUCACUUAAAAUCAAAGAAAUUUUUUCUAAUCUUCCACUCUUCAAAACGGGAAACUUCAAAUAUAUUUAUGGAAAUGCACCGAGCGUCAAGGACUUAAGGGAGGUUAUUUGUGCAUCAGUCAGACGUCCUUAUUGCAGUUUGUAAGAUGAUAAUAUUUGCAUCCAGAUGCUGAUGUGCAUGUACAGCACUGGACAAACAUGCAGGUUCAAGGCUUUAUCCAAGACCUUUGAUGAUGCUUCACGAAUCCUCAGCCACAAGCACACUCACACAUGCACGCACGCACGCACACACACACAUGCACGUACACACACACAUGCACACAGACACACACACACCUCUGCUGCUCUUUCAUUUCACUUAAAGCUGUGAACCUGAGUGAAAACAAAUGCAUAUGCUGGCGGUAUGUUGACAGUACGUUGGUGGUACGUUGGCGGUACGUUGGCGGUACGUUGGCUGUAUGUUGGUGGCACGAUGGCAGCGCUGGUUUUGCAUCCGGUGGGACAUUGUAUUCGAUGGAAACUUCUUUCAGUUCACUCGAGCUUUUCUUGAGUCACCGUGCCUCUUCCUCUUUACCAAACCUUCUUCUUCUUUUGCUUUUCCUCUUCCUCUUUUCUCACUUUAUGAAAUACUUGUGCUUUUAUUGUUUCCAUUUUUUUUGUUUCCACUGGUGAGUUUGUGAAAUACUUGAAAUAUGUCAAACUCUACUCAGAAUUUACUGCUGAAUGUGCUGAAUUUACUUGUUUCUUUUUUUUCCCCUGAAGGGUGAAAAUAAUUUCCUUAAACAUGCCAGUUUUUUUCUUGAACCUGUGGGUCUUUUACCUCAGGGUCUUCUACUGCAUUAUGGCAUAUAUUCGAUACUGAUAUGCAGAUUUUACAGAUAGUUAAGGUUUAUUUGGCAGUGAAAUGAUGUGUGUUUGUAAGUGUGUGUAAAUGUAUAUGAGCAUGCAGACAUUUGAAGCAAAAAUAUUGGAUGGAAAAAAUAUACUGUUGGUUUUGUGUGUAAAUACAGUUUUGUGUAUAUUAGCAGGGUUUGUUCUGUACAGGAAUAGAUCAUGUUUUUACUUUUUCUUUUCAUUGCACUAAUAAAAUGAGUUGGCUUGUCAGUAAAA